UAGCACUCAAUUUCCUGCCUCACAGAGGAAGUGGGGAGAGAUACCAGGUGCAGCAACAGCUAGUGGAGCCAUGGACAAGGAGUAUGUGGGUUUUGCAGCCCUCCCCAACCAGCUGCACCGCAAGUCCGUCAAGAAGGGGUUUGACUUCACACUCAUGGUGGCAGGGGAAUCAGGGCUGGGGAAAUCCACCCUCAUCAACAGCCUGUUCCUUACCAACCUGUAUGAGGAUCGGCAGGUGCCAGAUGCCAAUGCCCGUCUGACGCGAACGCUGACCAUUGAGCGCAGGGGUGUGGAGAUGGAGGAGGGGGGUAUCAAGGUGAAGCUGACCUUGGUGGACACACCUGGCUUUGGGGACUCUGUGGACUGCUCGGACUGCUGGCUGCCUGUGGUUCGCUUCAUUGAGGAACAAUUUGAACAGUAUCUCAGAGAUGAGAGUGGACUGAACAGGAAGAACAUCCAAGAUUCCCGGGUUCAUUGCUGCCUCUACUUCAUCUCGCCCUUCGGCCGGGGGCUCCGACCCCUAGAUGUGGCCUUCCUCCGGGCAGUGCAUGAGAAAGUCAACAUCAUUCCAGUUAUCGGUAAAGCGGAUGCUCUGAUGCCUAAGGAAACCCAGGCCCUCAAGCAAAAGAUCCGGGACCAGUUGAAGGAGGAGGAGAUCAAUAUUUACCAGUUUCCGGAAUGUGAUUCUGAUGAAGAUGAAGAUUUCAAGAGGCAGAAUGAAGAGAUGAAGGAAAGCAUUCCUUUUGCAGUGGUUGGUUCCUGCGAGGUGGUGAAGGAUGGCGGGACCCGACUAGUGAGGGGACGCCGCUAUUCCUGGGGUACCGUGGAGGUGGAGAACCCACAUCAUUGCGACUUCCUGAAUCUGAGACGGAUGUUGGUGCAGACACACUUGCAGGACUUGAAAGAGGUGACGCACGAUCUGCUCUACGAGGGCUACCGAGCCCGCUGCCUCCAGAGCCUGGCCAGGCCUGGGGCUCGAGACCGAGCCAGUCGCAGUAAGCUGUCUCGUCAGAGUGCCACAGAGAUCCCGCUGCCCAUGCUGCCUCUGGCCGAGACGGAGAAGUUGAUCCGUGAGAAGGACGAAGAGCUACGCCGCAUGCAAGAGAUGCUGGAGAAGAUGCAGGCCCAGAUGCAGCAGAGCCAGGCUCAGGGCGAGCAGUCGGACUCUCUCUGAGAUCCCCGCCUCUGCCCUUCCUUACUCGGCUCCGCCUUAAGUCGGUCGCUUGUCCAAUCCUCGGGUUCCGAUUGCCCAGCCGGACCCCAACCACUAGAUGGGCCCUGGCACUUGCUUUGCGCAGGUGCUCAGACUAAAUGGUUCAGCCCCGGAGCACUGUGCCUGAAUGUGCAGCCCCGCCCCGCCAGAAGCCCCGCCCACCGCCAGAAGCCCCGCCCAAGCCCACUCCCCGCCCAGUUCUUGCAGAGGAGCUCUCCAGGCCAGGCCUAGACCGCUCCUCUCCCCUUGGGGGGUGUCCCCUUCUUCAUUCAAUAAAAUCAGCUUCUCAUAUCCA